AUGGACACAGACGUGCAUACCGGGAUAUGCGUGGAUACGGGAGCUGGACAAGGAAAUGAUGAAUCAGCCGCCAUGAACGCAUCAGAGAUACCUAUCUCAGGUGGACAAUCAAAUAUUCCUUACGUCCCAGAACUCCCGAAUCUAACGUCAGUCGUUACGAGUGACUUCAAUGCGCAAAUACCCAUGAGUUUGUUCGACCAAACUGCCCUAGUAUCAUCCGAUUCCUUGGGCCUGUUGGGCAGCGACCCCCUACUCUUCCCAAAAACGAUUCCCCCUGGCUCAGUUCCCACUCGCCGAAUGCAAUGGAUGCCUGACUUUACCUUCGGACCUGCCUCUGAGCCGAUUGAUAUACCAGGAUUUCUUUCCAGCGUUCAGGAAGCCUUGGGAAUGGAACAGAACUUGCAGCAGACAGGGGGCGAUUUUCGUAAUUGGGUGCGUCCCGAACAUGUGGCUGGUUGGAGGGAACUGCAAUCUUUGGGAUUGGAGGAAAGAAGAUGUUACAAGAGGCAUGUAGGUCCUGUGUCGGACCUCCUGACCUCUCUAACAGACAUAACCUCGGAUCCGGCACGACUCAAUCUUAUCAAAGAGGUUCACAACCAGUCUGCUUUAGCUGCGCUCGGGCAUACUGCAGAGAGCAUCAGUUACCUCCCGAGAAGCGUGAUCGCAAAAGAAAAAUACCGGAGGCGCGAACGUGGGCACAUCUCCAUCUACAAUGAUAUCCGAGGCUGCACCUGGGCCUGCGUCCGCACCCAUAACUGCCAAUUCAAGAGGCGGACGAAAUCGGAAGGGAAAGCGCGAGCAGAUGCCGGAGAAACAGUUUCUGACCCCGCGCUUCUUGAGCUCGGAGAUAUGCUCGGAGGGCUCAAGUUGCAUUCAUGGCGGCUAACUGAUUCGGCGAAACAUUACAUACGAAAGCCUCGAUCGAGCGAUGUCAACGUACUUACAGAAGUUAGACCGUCCGCCAUACCGUUUCUGCUGCCCGAGGCUCUGGUUUAUGAACGUCAGGAGUAUUCAUCCCCGAGUGAUAUGAGCUUGCAGGGACCAUCUCCCCAAAGAUCUGCGCACGCACUCAUCGAGCUGUCGAUUCUCACUCCAGCUCCACAUCCCCCGCAUACACCCCGUCAUACUCUGUCACUUGCAUUACUAAAUAGCCAGAGCUUGGAAGAUAUUAGCGAGGGACUCGUAUGUGCCAAUCGGUGGAUUCCUCGGAGUAUUAACGACAGUGGAGUGCCUUCUGGCGCAUGUAUUGUUAUUGAAGGAACCAUUUAUGGUGACGGGGAGGGCGAUGCAUAUGGAAAAGAUUACGCAGACAAAGUUACCGAAUAUCUGGCCGCCCUGAAAGCUCAGGUCAAUACUCCGACCGGUUUAGGCAAGAAAAAAAGAGAUGCCAUCGUGGUUCUCGAUGAACAACUCAAAAUCGGAAUGCCAAUGCUCAGUACACGACUUGAUUCCAUCCGAUGGAAACUCCAUAAGCCAUACUGGUUCAUGCACGAUGGCGGUUGUAUUCACUGGGUCGUGGUAUCCUCGAUCAGUGUUCUACACCCGCACGACCCACAACUCCCAACCCCUGAGAAGUCUUCGAAUUGGCCCUAUACAACCGCGCUCUCACCUCUUCCGCAUCGCGCACUAUGCCGCAGCACACAUGGUAACCUACACCACCCACCGUCUCACUCCUGGCAUAGCCCCACCUGGUCACAACCGCAUAUUGACCAUUCUCAAGCCGCCGGUUGCCCACCGGAGCAUAUUAUCACCGUUUACAUGGAGGAUAUGCGCGACGACAGCCAGAACGUUGAGCCGACCAUGGCUGAAAUCCCUAUGCCCGUCCGUAUAGACCCGGCUUCUAACGCUUGGUGCAUUGCCGGUAACGACCUCGCUGUUCGCCUGCAGCAAACUCCGAGUCGAAUUGACGGCGAUGCGAAAUUAUGUACCAUGCGAGAGUUAAAACUCGCACAGGACAAGAGCUUGGAGAUUACAAUCGAGCCUAACCUCGCUCCAUCGACACGACCUGCGUCCUUGCCCCCCGCCGAACGACUCCUCGAGCUUGGGAAGAGAGGAACUGAAACCCGCCCGGGGCAUCAAAGCCUCCCUACGGCUAAGAGGCCAACCACGGACUCGACCCCUUCAUCUCCACCCACUCAGUCCACGACACCCCCUCCCACGCCAGGUCCAUCACGGACCAAUGACAUUCACAUGUGGCGGGUGCCAGAUUUAUCCGGGUCCAGUGCGUCGACCUCAAGUUGUGCUAGCCCCCAGAUCCAGGCCGAGCUCCCUCAGGUUCACGUUAACGUUCUGGCCAAGCCAAAUCAACCAAGCCAAAAGAAUCAAAACCUGAGUUACAACUCGUUUCUCCAGAGCAAAGGAAAAUCUUUGCCGAUCGAGGACCUUCUCCGUGGAUACCGAUACGUAGCGAGACUGAUAGCCCAGUAUAACGAUACCCGCACACCAAGUGGUCUUGAAGGAGCUCCAGAUCGCAAGAUAUCCAAGGCAAACAUUUUUGCCGCUCUGGGUCGACAGACGAGCUGGGGGUCCGAUACCGAGACGACACUGGCGUUGUAUGAGCUGUACGGCCCUGGUAAAGAAAGAGAAGACCCUAGAAUAGUCGCUAUCAUGAACGGCAAGUGUACCGGCUCUAAGGAGGGAUCCGUUGGUUUCCUCCACACCUUGAAGGAAGUCGACAGAGAAUUUUCCAGCAAGCAUAGUGGUGGAUCAAAUCAGUGCUUACGACGGUCGUCGGACGCAUCAAGUUCGCGGUAA